GGUAAUGCUAUGUAUCUAGUUCAUAGUUAUGUUAAAAGUUAAGUUUUUUAAGUUUUAAAAAUGUAGCUUUAGAGUGUUCAAUAAACGUUUAUCUUGUUUGGCCCGUGAUCUAAGUUGUCUUUUGGAUUUUGGCCCCUUGUGCGAUUGAGGUUAACACCCCUGUUCUAGGACAUAGUUUCUGCAGAGCAGAAUUAGCUCAAUAGAAAUUUAUCUCUGAGUUCUGAUUGUUGGGGCAGAGCAACCCCGCCCCACUUCCCCUCCCCGUUGCUCAGAGCUCUCUGUUUAACCGGAGCCGAGAGCAUUUCAUUAUUUUUCAUUUGCUCCUGAUUCACAACAAUUUAAAUAAAUAUAUGUAAUUUUUCGCUUAAUUGUCUCCUUAAUUAGAAAAAGGCCACAGAAGGAAGUUAAGAACACCUUUAUUAUCGAAGUGGGUCUUUAAACUUUAAGGAUUGUCGCUUUGCAGUUUAUUCUUCUUUUUGUUUUGUUAAUUUCAUGAAAAGAAAACAACUAGAAAUAAGAAAAUAAUAGUUUCUUUUUCCAUUGUAAAAUUUUUACCUGAUUACAAUUGAAAACAGGAGCAUCAGGUGUGCUUUUUUUUUUUUUUUUUGGUUUUGUUUUUUUUAAUCAGAUCAGUCUUUUCAGGAAGCUACUGACAUGAAAAAUGUGUAACAUGAUUUUCUACUUUCGCUCUCUUUAAGGGUAUGGAUAAAUAUUUGAUUUCGGUUGAUCAAAUGCUGUUUUUCCUUCUAUUUUAUUUGAAUUUUAACCCACAAAGGUUUAAAUCAAUUUAUUGGAUGGGUAAUAAAAUAAAUACACAGAUUAGACCUCAUCUUGUCAUACAUUGUUUAAAGUAGCCAGCCGACAUGACGAUGUUGGUAACUAUUCUCUUUAACAGUGGUCUUCUUUUGUUGUUGUGUUUUACAGUUCUUUUUCCUGGCUCAGCCAGUCCUGUAUACCAGGCCCUGCUGAAAAUACCAUCCAUCAGUUUUGUGUCCUGCAGCAAUUUCUCUCUCCAGUGGGCUCUUGUUUUUAAGUGUUUUCCCUGUUGUGUCCCUUUUUUUUAUUUUUUUAUUUUUAGGUCGUUUUAUUUUGUGUAUAUGUUGCACUGGGUAUUGAUUGAGAGUGAGAUAAUAUUGAGGUGCCAUUUAAAAAAAAAUUAAAAAGAGGUAUUUGUGUUUUUUCACAGAUUUAUGUCAUAUUUUUAUGAAUUAUUUGAACUGUAAUUGCAAAAAUGAAAGACCGUUCUGUGUCCAGUCUUACUGGCGCAGUGUGAGGUAAGGAUGUAAAGAUGAUGAUUUGCAGCAGGCACACUUCCUACCCUGCAUUUUAUAUCGACUAUUUUCACACGAUCCACUUGAACCCUUUUGAAAUGUGUUUUUGGUAAGUAGACACUGAUAGCUUGUUUAGUUUUCCUGCCAAAUCCCUAAAAUUCUCUGUGUUGUUUGUAUCUCGAUUUUUCUCUGUGUGCUUUUAGUAGCGAAGCCGCCAGCGUGAGUCGCUUGUUUCAGUAAGCAUCUAAAUGAAAAUUGAGGGCUCACCCAACUGGAGAAGCAGCUGUGCUUGCUAACGUUUGGUUCAUGACUUUAAAAACACACUCAGGAUCAAUCCCCGAUGAGGCUAAAGCUUUGUCCUUGUUGGCUCCAGCAAAUGCUGUUGCAGGAAUUCUGCCAGGAGGUGGCCUCCUUCCAACGCCAAACCCCAUCACCAAUCCAGCUCUUGGGGCGAACCCCUUUGGUGGUCCAAACAUAGAUCCAAUGGCAGCUUUUGGAUUCCCAGGACCCAACAUGAAUCCUCAGGCUGCUGAUCAGCUGUUAAAGAUGAUGACCGAUCCAAAACUUAACCCCUUGGCUGCCGGUUUGAACCUGAGCGCCAGCCUGAAAGCCGACGCGUCCAACAAAGAGAUCGAGGAGGCCAUGAAGAGAGUCCGGGAGGCCCAGUCACUCAUUUCUGCUGCCAUCGAACCCGGCCACAAAGACGGCAAAAAGAAGCAUUCCCGCUCCAGGUCCAGGUCCAGACGAAGACGGUCGAGAUCACGUUCAAGACACAGUCGCAGGCGAACCAGGAGCCGGUCCAGACGCAGAUCCAACUCCAGAACCAGGAGGCGCUCCAAAAGCCCCCGCAAGAGGGGCACCCACUCCAGAGACAGAGGCCGCAGAUCUCGAAGCAGAACCAGCAGAGACAGGAAGAAAGAAGAUAUAGGAAGGAGAAGAUCCAAGACUCCACCAAAAAGCUACAGCACAGCGAGGAGGUCACGCAGUCCGAACCGGAGACACAGGAAGAGCCGCAGCGUCAGCCGAUCUCCUAAGAAAUCUCCCAAAAGGAGAGUUUCUCCGUCCCCAUCUCCUCGAAGACAUAAGAAGGAGAAGAAAAGGGAGAAAGAGAGAGACCGCAGGAGCGAUAAAGAGCGCGUCCGUGAAGAGCGGGAACGCUCCACCAGCAGGAAGAAGAAGAGCAAAGACAAAGAGCGCGAGCGUGAGAGGAAAUCAGACGGAGAGAAAGACGUCAAGAUCACCCGAGAUUAUGACGAGGAGGAACAAGGGUAUGACAGUGAGAAGGAGAGGCAGGACAGGAAAGGCUCAGAUGACUCUGGUUUGUCUCCUCAUUCAGAUGGUAACGGCACCGGGCGUCACGUGAAGCAGGCCAAAGUUAACGGUGCCGACGACCACCACGAAGAAGACAUGGAUGUCAGUGACUGACGUGCUGCAUCCCACACGCUCCCUCCAUUUUGACUGUACAUACGCUACAUUGUUUUUUUUUUGUUUGUUUUGUGGGGAUGAACCUAAAAUGUGAAGUGUUUCAAAAGUAUUGUGUAUCGUACAGAAGUUUGCAAACUUUUCGGUUAUAGAAUUUGGUCGUUCUGCCAACAGAUUAGCUGAGACUGGAAGUAGCGUCGCUUUCUUACAAUGAUCAGAUUUAGUCACUUCAUGUAUUGUAUCUUCAUUUUUGUUAAGUGCUGUGGUGUAACACUAAAGCCUUGUUCCCCUCCCUGAGGAACUGUUACAUCUUGCUGAUCUAGAAGUGUUUUAUCAUAAAUUUCUUUUAUAUAAUAAAGCCUGUUUGAAGAGGUA